AUUGCGUUCAUACGCACGUUUCUCAUCCAGCAUGGCAGGGAAAAACAAGAGGAAGUUGGAGAAUCUCAGUGUAGAUGAGUUCAUGUUGUCUGGAUUUGAUUCUGAGGAAGAUGACUCUGUGGAUGAAGAUUUAACACAACAGAAUGCGAAGAGUAAGAAACCUGCACCUCAGAAGAAGUCUGUCAAAAAGCAAGGCAAGGCAUCUGAUCACAAGGACCAGCUUUCUGCCCUCAAGAGCCAAGACCCAGAAUUUUACAAGUUCUUAGAACAAAAUGACCAGACACUUCUGAAUUUUGAUGACUCUGAUUUCUCAGAAGAUGAUGACGAUGAAGAGGAAAUGUACCACAAACUCCCCUCUCAACUGGAGGAUGCUAACUCGGAUGAUGAGGAUGAGAAAGAAUCAGAAACAAAAGAUGCAAAAAAGACUAAGACAUCUAAGGAAGGUAUCAAGAUCACAGAAGCAAUGAUUGAAAACUGGAGAAAAGGACUGAGGAAAGAGCCCACAUCACGUUUGAUUAGGGACAUCACACAAGCCUUCAAGGCUGCUGUGGCUACAACGAAAGGCGAGUCUGACUCUGAGGAGCUGUGUCGAUAUACCAUCUCAGACAGCACAGUGUUCAAUUCCCUCAUCCUGUUCUGCAUACAGGAGAUACAUACAUCGCUCCAUAGAAUGCUGAAUCUUAAAGCUCCAGAGAAACAUCAUAAGAAAUUAAUACUUCCAUCCUCAAGUCCCAGGUGGCAAAAUCUUCAGAUUGAUAUUAAGAUGUAUCUAGCUGGUGUUGUUCAGCUCCUAUCCAGUUUAACACAGUCCACAGUCACAGCUGCAGUUCUCCGCCACGCCAACCAGAUGGUGCCAUACUACCUGUGUUUGCCGAAACAGUGCAGAAACUUGCUUAAAAACCUGAUCAAACAGUGGAGCACAGGAGAGGAGACCGUUAGGGUCCUGGCCUUCCUGGCUCUCAACAAGAUCUGUCGCCACAAACAGGACGUCCAUCUAACCGCCGUUAUUAAGCAAAUGUACAUCGUCUACGUAAAGAACUGCAAGUUCACAUCGCCCAACACUCUCCCCAUGAUCAAUUUCAUGCAGAGGACUCUCACAGAGAUGUAUUCACUGGACACACAGGCUUCGUAUCAGCAUGCGUUCAUCUACAUCCGUCAGCUCGCCAUCCAUCUCAGAAGCGCCAUGAAUAUGAAGAAGAAGGAGAUUUAUCAGUCUGUGUAUAACUGGCAGUAUGUGCACUGUCUGUAUCUGUGGUGUCGGGUGCUGAGCACCAUUUACCCCAGUGACGUUCUAGAGCCACUGAUUUACCCACUUUGUCAAGUCAUCAUCGGAUGCAUCAAGCUUAUGCCCAUCUCACGGUACUAUCCUCUGAGACUACACUGUGCAAGAGCCCUUAUUCUACUCUCCAGCCGCACCAAGACAUUUGUGCCUGUCCUGCCCUUCCUGCUGGAGAUCCUACAGCAGGAAAACUUCAAUAAGAAACCAGGCCGCAUGAGUGUGAAGCCCAUCAAUUUUGCAGUGGUCCUCAAACUGAGCAAGGCCAAUCAACAAGAGAAAGCGUACAAGGAUGGUCUAGUAGAGCAGUUGUAUGACCUCAUCCUGGAGUACUUGCACACACAGGCCUGCAGCAUUGGAUUCCCAGAGCUGGCACUGCCCACCAUCAUUCAGCUGAAAGCAUUCUUAAAGGAAUGCAAAGUGGCCAAUUACUGCAAGCAGAUGCGGCAGCUGCUGGAGAAGAUACAGGAGAACUGCAGCUACAUCACAGCACGCAGACAGAAAGCUGCUUUCGGUGUGGCUGAUGCCACGGCUGUGGUGGCCUGGGAGAAGCAGGUAGUAGAGGAAGGGACUCCCCUCACUAAAUAUUACAGCCAGUGGAAGAAACUUCGUGAAAAGGAGAUUAAGCUGGAGAUUUCUGGAAAAGAGAGGAUGGAGGACUUGAAUCUCCCUGAAAUCAAACGUAAGAAGGCUGAAGAGAAGAAAGCUGACAAGGAGUUUAAGGGUCUCUUUGAAUCAGAUAGUGACCAUGAUGAUGACCUGUUCAAAUCCAAAGAGGAACAGGGCGACUCUGAUGGUGAAGAUCUUGAGGACCUCUCAGACCUGAGUGCUGAUGAGGAUGUGGACACCUCAGAGGAUGAUUCAGAUGGUGACCAAAACAAGCCCUCGACUUCUGAAGUUAAAUCACAGCGGAAGAUGUUGAGCACAGAGCUGAAGAUGGUGGCACAGGGAGAUGAUGAUAUGGUCGAGGACCUGGAGCUGUCUGAUCAGGACUAAAGUUACAGUGUUGUUUCAGACUGACAUUUCUAUUUCACAUACAGGCAUAACUUGCACCAUUAUUAAGAGCUAUGUACAGCCCCUCUUGUAGUGAUGUUUGCUUUUGCACCACUGUAUUUUUAAAUGUGUGAAUCUAAACAAAAAGACUUCUAAAUUCAUCUUCUAACAAUUCAUAUUCUAUCAAAUUAAAGAUCAUUCUUUAAAAAAAAAGUUUUCAAACUAUUAUUUACAGUUCAAGUCAAUUUUCACUUGCACAGUGUGAUGAUCAAUAAUUACUCCUUUAAGGUGAAGUGUGUAAUUUCUGUGCUACCAGUGGCCUAAAACGGAAUUGCAUUCUGUUUGUUUGAGCAGCCUGUUUGGGCCACAACUAAUGGCGUUUGUUCAAAACCACUCUAAAAUUAUAUUUCAUUAUUCAAUUACUGUUCAAUUCUAUUUGGUGCUAAAGUUACACUCUUCAUCUACAAUAAUAAAACAAAAAUCAAGAAUUUUAUAGAACGAUUAUAGUAUUUAGGGGUGGGGUAAAAAGUUGUUUUCACCUCAGGGUUUUGAAAUAAGGCACUGCUUGCUUUUAAAUGCAUUGAAUGGGCAGCGCAGAGGAGGGAGGUGUAGGCAGAGGGUUUGGCCCGGAACACCAGGCUGCCAAACUCGUAUCAUCCACUGCCAUGCUAUGCUGCACAGGUGGGAAAAGAGAAGAAGAAACAGAGGGCAGCCUGUUCUCUCGCCAAAACGUCUCCUUCAGUACUUUCACAAAACUUUCUGCAGGCUUGGCUCUUUUGAAAAGUUUUUAAGCUGCCAGGACUUCACACAGCUCAGGUUAUGGUGCAGGAAAUUAAAUGGAUUUAAACCAGGCUGAAUGUGUUAAAAUGAGCUGAGCAUACUCCACUCAUUGAUAGGGCUGGGUAUUGAUAUAGAUUUCCUGAUUUGAUUCCGAUUCAAAAGCUCUUGAUUCUGAUUCAUAUGGGUAUAUUUCAGUUAAAAUGUUUCUUUGUUUUUGGUUACAUAUGAAAGAAAUUCUCUCCCAGCUAAUGCUGUCAAUUAUACAGGGGACCUGUAUUAUACUAGGUACAUUACAAAAUGAUUAAUUUUACUAACUACUAUGUAUUAGUUUUUCAUCAGUUUGGUCACAUUUUUCAAAUCCAAUAGUCAAUAAAUAUAACAUUGAAU